AUGACCAAAACCAGGUUCGAGUUGAUGUUUAAGCCGUUCGUGGACGCCAUCUUCGGCAUGAAGACCGACAUGAACGAGGUGAAGGACACCAUAAGGUCGGUGAAGGACGUCUCGGCGCCGAUUACCGGGGAGGUGGAAGGCGAGGCGGAGAUGAGGAAAAUCAAGGAGGAAAACGAUUACUUGGACGCAGUUAUGGGCGACACCAAGCAGUCGGAUUUGGUGGGCGAUAAGUUCGAAACUAAAGGUGAAAAAGUUGAAGCGGUGCGCUUCGAGAAAAUGUACAUGAAGAAGAUCGAGCAGCGGUGCGAGAAUCAAUUCGUCAAGGCCUCGUUGAAGUGCCGGGAGAUGUUCAAAAAAGGCUACGACACCUGCUACGAUACGGUCACCUGGGUGGCCGGUUGGAUACUCUGCUGGCCCAUGAAGUUGGACUUUAUCUGCAACAUAGCCGAAGCCUUGGGGGGCAUCAGCAGGUGCGACCCAUCCAAGGACAUGGAUCCCGGUUUCGGUGAAGGGUACUCCUAUUUGAAGCAAUCUCGGAAUUUCCUCUCGAAGAACUUCAAGGACGUGAAGUUGCAGUAUAAGCUAGGGAAUUUGAAGCCUUUGAAGGACGUUCGGGAUGCCAGAGAUACGGCCAAGGCGAUUUGGCACGAGGUGAACAGGAAACGACGGAUCUUCUUGAAAAUUCUAAUAGCUGUUAAACGUUUGCUGGCUUUCGUGCUGUUAAGAAUAUUGCAGGAGUCCCAGAAGUAUCACGAUAGAUAUCUUAGAGACAUCGAAUUCGACAAUAUCUACAUAACCGAGUACUUUAGAAAAAUCGACGCCAGGCGUCGACUGCAAGAAAAAUACACUUUAUUACCGUUGAAGAAAAUCGAACGGAAAAAGAUCAUCGAUCCUCGAUCGCCUAAACCCCUAAAAGCCGAGUGCCAACAAUUAAAGACCGAUUUGUUUUUGAUUCUGUUCGAAAUUCUAAUCGUAACCAUCCUGGUGCUGCUGGACAGGAUCUUCUUCGAAGCCUUAGAUAUAAUAAGAAGGCACGCUAGGAUCGAUUACUUGCAAAUCGGCCAUCACGAUCUAUUGUUACAGGUCAAAGGCACAGGAAUGAUUGCUUCGCUAUUGAGAUCGCUAGUGAAAGGUUUCAACAUCAAAAAACGGAUUAGAAUACAGAAAUCUAACGCCAUUUGCCUACCAAGACCACUAUUGUUGCCGAAUUAUUAUUAUUUGAAAAUAUACCUCACUUAUUUGGCGAUAAUAAUACUCACGUUCGCCCAAGCGUACGCUUUGAGAUUCAGGAGGGCCAUUUGUUCGUAUUUCUACAGGAAAAGGGAGAAGAAAAGAGUUUUGUAUUUGUACAACGAAACGUUAAAGCGCCGUAAAGGAUUUUUCAGGUUCAUGAGGAAGAAGAUUCGUCGAUUGGUGCGCGAGCAGCGCCUGAAAGAGUCCUUCACCGGCAUCCAGAUCCUGCGAAUGAACCACCCGAAGGCGUGCGACUGGCUGAGGGUGUUCGCGUUCGCCCGGCGAAAGUGCCUGAUUUGCGAGGAGCCCGAGCCGCGCAAAGAGAGCGCCAGCGAUUUCGUGGAGUGCCCCGGCGAGUUCUGCCAUUUUAUCUACUGCGACGAAUGCUGGACGGACAUGGGAAGCGUUUGUUUGGUCUGCCAAACCGAAACGGAGGAGACCACUAGCGGGUUCGACGAGGAUUCGGACGAUUUUCUCACUGAUUGA